CUCCCUCCUGGACCCGGGUGAGGGAAAGCUCCCUGCCUUGGCACGGACAGCCGCGAUGGCCCUUCCAGCUCAUCUUUUCCUCGCCAGAGGCUCUUCCCAGCCGCUCCUCCCUUUGCCGUACAGAAGGGAGGGGAGCGUUAUUAAUAUCGGCGGCGCGACCUCGGACCGGGGAACGAGGCGAAGGGUUAGAAGGCGGCCGGCGCCCAGUAGGUGCGCUGCAACCCGCAGCUGCGUUUUCCUGCCGCCCGGCUUGAACGGGGUCGGCAAGCGGGACGGCUCGUCUUCUGUCGACCGCAGGCAAAGGCCGUUAGCCAAGGGAUCAGCCACCGCGCUGUUGCAAUCCCUGGAAGAUUUCCUGCAGAGGAUCCGUCGCUCUCCGGGGGCUCGUUGGGCUCGGAAUCCAUGCACUACAUUUUACAUUACCUUUGAGCUGUAAUUAGCACAGGGGGCUGCAUGUAUCAAACAGGUAACCUUUAGAAUUGGCCUUAGGAAGAGUUUUGACAGUCAUCUACCCAAGGUUGAUCAAAAUGGCAGAAGAACCAAUGUCAGGAAGCUGGAACCCAACAGCACUAUCUGCAAAUGCUAGCAAUAAUAUAAUUCCCAUGCAUGAAGCAACUCAGGAGGUCAGUAUUUUGGACUCCAGAGCCACCAGUGGCAUUGUACAAACAAAAGAAGCAGCUCCAUUGAAUGGGUGCGAGUGGCGCACUCAGGGACCUCUGGCCCAGUUAAAGACCUCAGGAAGACGAAUAUGUGCUUGUCCUCCUCAAGGCAUCCUUGCCAGAAUUGCAACAAAUGUGGUAGCAGUAGUACUCAUCUGGGCUGUAAUCUGGUCUAUUACAAACCGUGAAAGUCUUCCUGGUGGGAAUCUCUUUGCACUUUUAUUCCUCUACCUCUUUGCUGUAAUUGGUGGUAAAAUUAUGGGCUUAAUUAAAUUUCCUGGUCUGCCUCCAUUCCCGCCCCUUUUGGGAAUGUUGCUUGUUGGAUUUCUUCUCAGAAACAUCCCAUUAAUCAGUGACAUAGUCCAGAUCAAUGUGAAAUGGGGAGCCAGCCUGAGAAGUAUUGCUCUCUCCAUUAUCUUGGCCCGUGCUGGCCUUGGCCUCGACCCAAAGGCUCUGAAAAAACUAAAGGCUGUCUGCUUUAGAUUAAGCUUGGGACCCUGCCUCAUAGAAGCAUGUACAGCAGCUGUCGUAUCUCAUUUUCUCAUGCACCUGCCAUGGCAGUGGGGAUUUAUACUUGGAUUUGUCCUAGGUGCUGUGUCUCCUGCUGUUGUAGUCCCCUCAAUGUUGGUUUUACAAGCAGGAGGAUAUGGUAUUGACAAAGGUGUCCCAACUUUGCUAAUGGCUGCAGGAAGUUUUGAUGACAUUCUGGCUAUCACAGGUUUCAACACCUGCUUAGGGAUAGCAUUCUCUUCAGGCUCCACCCUUGAAAACGUCCUUCGAGGUGUAUUAGAAGUUGCAGUGGGUAUAGCAGCUGGUGGACUUUUAGGCAUUUUUAUUCGUUACUUUCCAAGCAAGGAUCAGGCAUAUCUUGUAUGGAAGAGAGCAUUCUUUGUUAUAGGCCUAUCAAUGUUUGCAAUUUUUAGCAGUAUGUAUUUUGGUUUCCCUGGAUCUGGAGGACUGUGCACAAUUGUCUUGGCAUUUCUGGCUGGAUUAUCAUGGUCUGAUGAGAAAAAAGAGGUAGAAAAAAUUAUUAAGGUUGCAUGGGAGAUUUUCCAGCCUUUUCUUUUUGGUUUAAUUGGAGCUGAAAUAUCUGUUGCAUCUCUUGAGCCUCAAACAGUUGGAUUCUGUAUUGCCACACUGGCUGUUGGACUUAUAGCCCGAGUUACAGUCACAUUUGUGUUAGUGUGUUUUGCUGGCUUUGACCUGAAGGAGAAAAUAUUUAUUUCACUGGCUUGGAUCCCCAAGGCCACCGUGCAGGCUGCAAUUGGUUCAGUUGCCUUAGAUACAGCACGGGAGCAGGCAGAUAAACAAUUAGAGAAAUAUGGCAUGGAUGUCUUGACAGUUGCUUUCCUGGCAAUCUUAAUCACAGCUCCAAUUGGAGCUCUAUUAAUUGGGCUCGCAGGGCCCCAACUUCUCCACAAAACUGCUGAUACUAACAGAGAAGAUCAUAUAUAUGAAGAAAGAGAAGAAAUAGAAAUACAUGGGCCAGCAUAGGUAAGUGUGAGGUGUGGCUCACAGAUCACCUGACUUGAGACUGCUUAGGAAUCACGGUGUCCACAAGUAACCUACAGAAGUUUAAAGGCCUAUGAAAUACACUGUAGAUCUUUCAAAUAUAUGUAUACAUUUUUAAGAUGGCACCUGUAGGAGUUGUUUAGUCAGCGCCAGUGUUAGUUGUAGUGGUUUGAGGGUUUUUUUUUUUUGGUAGUUAGCAGUUCAUUAGGUGAAGAGAUUAGUGGCUGCUGAAUUAGAGUAUAUUUAAAGUACCUGAAGGAAAAGAAUAAAAUGAAGCUGUUUAAGUUAAACAUACCUAGGUUAACAGAAGUCUUCUAGAUGCACUGCCUGGGUGAGAGCUAGGGAUUUCUGAUAAAGACUUCCACCCCUCCCUUUUGUGGUGGGAACAUAGUGAGGAUUGAAAUAUUUUUUUGACUGGUGGGGAUUUUGGUAGCCUGAAAUCUUCUCUGAGAGAUAGGUUGGUAAGGGUAAAUUAGUGUAAAGUAGACUGUAUGCAGAUAGUGUUGAAGGGAAUUGGUGUGUUAGGUGUGUAAAUGGUAGGUGCCAGGCUAGAAGUGUUCUUAAGAGGUAGCUAAUGCCUGUGGUAUGUGUGUUGGAUGGGAGCAUGGCAAGAUAAAUAGGAGGAAGUGGAUGCUGUGAUGGGGGCCCACCUGUGGAUUAUGACAGUCGGAGGUAGGUAUGAUAGGAAGCACCAGCUUGACCAUUAUAGGAGAAGGGAGGCCCAUAUAUUUGUGUAGGUCUCUUCUUCUUAGCCAGAUAUUCCAGACCAGGGCCCGGGUAGCUGAAUUGCUGGGCAUCUUAGCCUCUAGUUACUGCUGGAAAAUGGUGAGUCAGUGCAAAAUAUGACCUGUUCCAAGAGUGAUUGAAUACAAAUGCCUGUAUAUGGCAUUGGACUAUGGAGAGCCCUCCAUGAAUUUCUGGAUUUCAUCUCAGGGAUGGUGUUGGGCCUCCCAAGACUGAGAGGUUGGGGAGACUUUGAUCUUCAUGCCCUGGAAGAGAGAUUCAGUGUAUUUCAUGAGUUUAUGGUGAUCAUGGGCCUGUCUCAAGUAAUCCAAGUGCCAACAGAUGUAAGUCAACACUCAUUAGACUUUGUCUUUACUUUGGAACAAAUAAGACAGAACUGGAGAUGGAGGACACUGAUACCUAUCCUCUGCUAUGGUCGGAUCACUACUUCAUCAAAUUAAUAGACACCCAAGACUUCCUCAUGCAUGGUGAACCCUUUCAAUUGGUGUGCUCCAGGACCUAGAUGGAUUCCAGUGGACUUCAGAGGACAUGGGAAGGAUCUGAUAAUCUCCUGAAUUAUUCUGUUUUGUGUCUGGCUGACCUAUGGAUCCAGCUGUUUCUGACAACUGGGGGGGAGGGCACUACUUUUUUAUAUGUUCCUUUUUUUAUGACCUACUCCGUUCUACAUUGCCCAGUAUAUACAGAUUGAAGUGGGCUACAAAAAUUGUAAAAUAAAUACUAUUGAAAAAUAAGAUUUCAUUCAAUCAA